AUGCCGAUCGACCACUUCCACAACAUCUCCCGCUACGCCCCGCACACGAAUGCCACUUUCCAGCAGCUCUACUGGGUCGACACGAGCAACUACGCCCCAGGAGGGCCGGUGAUAGUACACGCCAUGGGCGAAGACAGUCCCAGCGUCGAUCUCGUGUGGCUGCAGAAGGGACUUUUACACAAGAUCGCCAAUGCGACGGGGGGAGUUGCGGUGCUGUGGGGUCAGAGAUAUUACAGUGGCGGCUUCGACAUCGUCCCCAACCCGCCGUACACGACCGAGAACCUCCGCUUCCACAGCACCGAGCAGGCGAUGGCAGACCUUGCCUACUUCGCCCAGCGGGCGACAUUCGUGGGGUUGGAAGACAGGGACCUCACCGCGCCUGGCACUCCUUGGAUCGUACUCGGCGGCUCGUACGCUGGCCUCAUAUCUGCCUUUACGCGCAUCCAAUACCCGGAUCUCUUCUGGGGCGGGCUGACCUCCUCCGGAGUGACCACCGGGCUGAUCGAUGACUGGCGGCGCUUGGACGUGGUACGGCGACACGGACCUGCAAACUGUGUUGAAACAAUCCAACAACUGACCAAUCUGAUGGACAACGUCUAUACCAGCGGUAACAAGACAGCUAUGUCCGAGUUGAAGACUGCCUUCAAUGUUUCACAGGCAUCGACUUAUCCCGAUAUUGCAUUCCUCUUGGGGGGGGCACUGGGGGAUUGGCAACAAAGUUGGGAUACCGAACCAUUUCCAUUCAACGGCCCGGGCUCCUACUGCAGCAUGCUGACUUCACAAACCUCGCCCUCCUCGGCCGGCCCCUCCCUGCAAUCGACAGCGCAAUCCCUCCUCUCCUACGCCAACGAGACAGCAACGCCCAACGCAACAUCACUCUACCGCCCGCUUCUCAACCUCUUCUCCUAUUUCCGCAGCACCUAUACUUUCUGCGCCGAACGCACCGUAGCAGACUGCCUCGCCCUGGGCCAUGCGUCCCCUUUCAACUGGCUCGUCUGCACCGAAAUGGGCCAGUUUAAUACAGGCUAUACUCCAGGCACACCGGGGCAUCCGCACGCCUUACCCCUCGUCUCUCGCACACUAACGCCGGCGUAUUUCCUGGAUCGGUGUCACAGGACGUACAACAUCAGCUACGAUCCCGUACUGGAGCGCCUGAACAAGUACGGCGGCUUCAACCUGAGCUAUCCCCGUCUGGCCAUCUCGACCGGCCAACUAGAUUGGUUCCGUACCGUAGGUCCGCUGGCCGAGUUUCUCGAGGACGGGACGCCGAAUCCCAGGUUAAAAAGCAACGGGACGGUCAGCGAACCGCAGAUCGUCAUCGAGGGGGCGUUUCAUUUGUGGGAUUUCUCAGGCGUAUUUAAGAAUGAGACCAUCGAGGUACCGGCGGCAGUCGAGGAUGCGCAGAACAGGGAGUUGCAAGCGGUGCAGGCGUGGUUGAGAGAGUGGAAUCAGACGCAUGCAAGUCGUGAUGUCCCAAGGUGA